UAUACAAGAGCUAUUUUCAGUGCAGCAAGGAAAUGCACGAUUUAAGUCCUAUUUCUGAAGAAUUCUUUUGAUUUUGCUAAAAUCAAGGAUGGGAUUAUUUGGACAAACACCGAAGCAGACGCCUAAGGAACAGGUUCAGGAAUGGUGUAGAGGUCUAAGGAAAGAAAACAGAGCUCUUGACAGACAAAUAAGAGCCAUUCAAAGAGAAGAAGAGAAAGCAGCAAGAUCUCUUAAAGAUGCUGCAAAAAAGGGCCACAAAGAUGUAUCUGUAAUUCUGGCUAAAGAAAUAAUAAGAUCAAGAAAAGCUGUGAACAAAAUUUAUGCCUCCAAGGCACAACUAAACUCUGUGGAGAUGAGCAUGAAAAAUCAGUUGGCAACAUUGCGUAUGGCUGGUGCACUAGAAAAGAGUAGUGAGGUGAUGAAAUACAUGCAACAGUUGGUAAAGGUACCAGAAAUACAGGCCACAAUGCAAGAACUGUCCAAAGAAAUGAUGAAGGCAGGCAUAAUAGAAGAAAUGUUAGAAGACACAUUUGAAGGAAUGGAGGAUGAUGAUUUGGAGGAGGCUGCCCAAGAGGAAGUCGACAAAGUUCUGUUUGAAGUCACAAAAGGUAAUUAUAUUUUUUCUUUUAUCAUGAGUUGUUACCGUAAUAAUCUUUUGUGUGCAGUAUAA